CUAAUGUGUUUCCGGGAACUUCCUUCCUUUGUGUUGUGUAAAUUUUAAUUGAUUUUGGAUUGGUAUGCAACAUUGAUGAUUGAAACAGAAUGCCUAAAAUGAAGAAAAAAUCAGUUCGUCAAAAGAAUUUGGAAGAAAAGCUACAUAAGAGACUUCAAAGACAUUCAAAGUUAGCAUUCCAGUCAAAACAGACCACUGAAAAAGGAACCGAAACAAUAAAGUCUGACAGAAAUAAAAUGGUUUCAUCUCCUGAUCAGACUAAUAACCAGCCAACACUGGUUCAUAGCAAUGAUAACAGUCGAAGUGGUCAUCUACAGAGCCAAAUACCAAAAAGUGACAAAAGAAUUGCAGCAUCAAAAAACAAACUACGGGAAUAUUUCAGAAAAAAUUCUGGGGAAAAACCUGAUAAAUCCAGUGUAGUUAACAUGAUGGCUAAUAAAUCCUCAAAAACCCAUAUUGGAGAUAAACCUUUAACCUGUGACAUAUGUUGUAAAGAGUUUAAUAAAAUGAGACUCUUACAGGUACAUAUGAGAACACACACUGGAGAACAACCUUAUACAUGUGAUAUUUGUUGUAAAGAGUUUAAGGGAAAGAAAGUAUUCCUGAUACAUAUGAGAACACACACUGGAGAAAAACCUUAUAAAUGUGAUAUUUGUUGUAUAGGGUUUAAGGGAAAGAAAGUUUUCCUGAUACAUAUGAGAACACACACUGGAGAAAAACCUUAUAAAUGUGAUAUUUGUUCUAAAGGGUUUAUUGGAGAGACAAAAUUACAGUUACAUAUGAGAACACACACUGGAGAAAAACCUUAUAAAUGUGAUAUUUGUUGUAAAGCUUUUGGUCGUAGAACCUCCUUAACUAGACAUAGGAACAUACAUCAUGGUCAUCUACAGAGCCAAAUACCAAAAAAUGACAAAAGAAUUGCAGCAUCAAAAAACAAAGUACGGGAAUAUUUAAGAAAAAAUACCGGAAAAAAACCUGAUAAAUCUGGUGUAGUUAACACGAUGGCUAAUGUCAGAAAUGUUUUUGACAAUGGUCAGGAUCCCACAGGAAUUAAAACUGCAAAUGAACAAAACAUAUGUGUUGUGAAUGAUAAAAGCUUUAGUCAAGAUAAACAGUCAUUACUACAUAUGAGGAAAGAGACUUCUGAUAACUUACCUUUUACAUGUGAGAUAUGUGGUAAAGGGUUUAAGGGAGAGAUAAGAUUACAAGUGCAUAUGAGAACGCACACUGGAGAAACACCUUAUAAAUGUGAUAUUUGUUUUAAAGGGUUUAUUCAAAGGUGCACCUUAGCUAACCAUAUGAAAAUACAUGCUGUUCAUUGUAAAAUAUGCGAUUAUGCAAAUUGCCAAUGUCAUUUACAGAAAUACUCGCCAAAAGGUGAAUUUGCUGCAUCAAAAAAUAUACUAAGAAAGUUUUUAAUAAAACAAACAGAAAUUAAACCUGAUAAAUUUGGUGUAAAUAACACAAUGGCUAAUGUCAGUAAUCUCUGCAGCAAUGAUCAGGAGCCCACAAGAACUGAAACUGAAAACCAACAAUUUAUAUGCGGUGUAUGUGGUGAAAUAUUUAAUGGCGAUAAACCGUUAGUACUACACAUGAGAAAACAUGCUUGUAAUAAACUUUUUACAUGUGACAUAUGUAACAAAAGGUUUUACCAAAGAUUCAACUUACUAGUACAUAUGAGAAUUCAUACUGGAGAAAAACUUGGAACUUGUGACAUAUGUUUUAAAAAGUUUACUGAAGGGAAGAGCUUACAGAUACAUAAAAGUACACACUCACAAGAAAAAUCUUACAAAUGUGAUGUGUGCUUUAAAGGUUUUUUUGGAAGAAAUUCAUUAACUAGACAUAUGAAAAUACAUACCUGUGAUGUAACUAACACUGUGGCUAAUGACAGAAAUCAUAUUAGCAAUGAUCAUGAUCACACAAUAUCAAAUAAUGAUCAAGAUCACCAUGAUCACACAAUAUCAAAUAAUGAUCAAGAUCACCAUGAUCACACAAUAUUAAAUACUGAUCAAGAUUACACAAUAUCAAAUACUGAUCAAGAUCACACAAUAUCAAAUAUUGCUCAAGAUCACACAAUAUCAAAUACUGAUCAAGAUCACACAAUAUCAAAUAUUGAUCAAGAUCACACAAUAUCAAAUACUGAUCAAGAUUACACAAUAUCAAAUAUUGAUCAAGAUCACACAAUAUCAAAAACUGAUCAAGAUCACACAAUAUCAAAUACUGAUCAAGAUUACACAAUAUCAAAUAUUGAUCAAGAUCACACAAUAUCAAAUACUGAUUAAGAUCACACAAUAUCAAAUAAUGAUCAAGAUCACACAAUAUCAAAUACUGAUCAAGAUUUCACAAUAUCAAAUGCUGAUCAAGAUCACACAAUAUCAAAUGCUGAUCAAGAUCACACAAUAUCAAAUAUUAUUAAUGAACAAUUUUUAUGUGGUAUGUGUGGUAAAAGAUUUAGUGGAGACAAUAAAUUACGACUACACGUAAAAAUUACACACAAAACAUAAUUAUCUGUGAUCAUGUGAUUAACCUAUUUUGAUCAUGUGAUGAACAUUUUAGAUGUAACAUAAUUAUGAUGUAAAUGAAGGGUUUAGGUAAUGAAAAGUGCAACUUAAACUACAUGAUAUACCCGAAAUUAACCUGACGAAAGUGACAGAUUACUAAUCAAAUGUGCAAUUUAACUUGUAUUUAUUUGAUGUACACUUAAAUAAUUAAAGUAUUUUUUUGUUACCUUUUGAAAUUGUAAAUUUAUCAAUUAAAAAAUCUUAUAAAUGUGAAA